CGGGGGUGACGACGUGCGUCUGUCGGCCACGCCAGCCGGAGGAAGGGGCAGGGAGGGUUCCCCUCAGACCUGGGUCUGGACCCGCCGCACGCAGGCCUGUUCCGUGAACUCCCCAAGCACAGCAGGUGGGAAGCAGGACAGAGAGCUGGGACAGCCGAGCCCCCCACCAUGAACAGCAGCAACUGCAACUACAGUGAGCUCGCCUGGCCCCAGGCGGUCACGUACAUCCUCUACACCUACACGAGCCUGCUGCUGGUGCUGGGCCUGGCGCUCAACAGCCUGGCACUCUGGGUGCUGUGCCAUCGCCUGCAGCAGUGGACGGAGACCCGCGUCUACAUGGCCAACCUGGCCGUGUCUGACCUCUGCCUGCUCUGCACCCUGCCCUUCUUUCUGCACUCUCUGAGGAGCACUGGGGACACGCCGCUCUGCCAGCUCUCCCAGGGCAUCUACCUGUCCAACAGGUACAUGAGCAUCAGCCUGGUCACGGCCAUCGCUGUGGACCGCUACGUGGCCCUGCAGCACCCGCUGCGUGCCCGCGGGCUCCGCUCCCCACGGCAGGCCCUGGCCGUGUGUGCAGGGCUCUGGGUGCUGGUGGUCGGCUCCCUGGUGCUUCGCUGGGUCCUGGGGGUCCAGGAGGGCGGCUUCUGUUUCUCGAACUCCUCCCGGCAAAGCUCCAACACCGUGGUCUUCUCGCUGCUGGGAUUCUACCUGCCGCUGGCCGUGCUGGUCUUCUGCUCUCUGCAGGUUGUGGCUGCCCUGGGUCAGAGGCCAGCCACCGAUGCCAGCCAGGGCGAGGCCACCCGGAGAGCCGCCCACAUGGUCUGGGCGAACCUGGCUGUGUUCGUGGUCUGUUUCUUGCCCUUGCACGUGGUGCUGACCGUGGGCUUGGCCACGAGCCUGCGCACGUGCACCGUCCUCCGUGCCCUCUUCAUCACCAGCAAGCUCUCAGACGCUAACUGCUGCCUGGACGUCAUCAGCUAUUACUAUUUGGCCAAGGAGUUCCAGGAGGCGCAGGCCAGCCCCACCGCCAAGGCCCACAAAAGCCAGGACUCUGUGUGUGUGACCCUGGCCUAGGGGACGAGCCGCACGUGGGGCCAGAUCCCAGGCCUCUGCAGGAGGCCCAGGUGGGGGCCCGGAGCACCCCUGGGGCAGAAGAGGGACGACAACAGCAGGAGGUCUGAGGCCUGCGCAAGGCCAACCCCGGGGCCUGGGAGGGGGCCACACUGCCGCGUGCCCAGCAUGGUCCCCGGGGCUGGGUGUGGCUGCCUGCCGAGUGCGGUCAGGCCGCGAUGGCCAGCCCUCUGCCCUUGCCCCCCGGGACCAGAAUAAAGUUCUGCACCCAGA